AUGUCUCUUCGAGUCUUUGACGAACUGGCUUCUAACCGCAGGGCAUCGAUGAUAUUAACUGCCUUUUUCUUCAAAGAAGCGGAUUGCUUCCACCUCGAUGUGAGAUCGUCAAAGGACAUUGUGACAUGUUCUCGUAAGAUCGAUCUUGUCAAGCUGGAACCCAGCCGAAGCCCGGUGAUCUCACCUUUGUCUGUCCCUCAACUGCCCAUGCAGCUGACCUCAUUAUCUGGAGGUCGUUCCUUUAUCCGCGACCGGGUGACUCCACUUAAAGAAAGGGGCAAUGCCAUGGCCGGAAACCGGACUGAGGUCAAAAAACAACUUCAGAUAGUGGACGAGUGGACACGUCAGCGCUUGGGCAAAAAUAACCCGAACAAAAAACGAUUCAUGAGAAAGACCGAUGACAAGUCGAUCGACGGCGUGUUAUCGACGGGCAUCGAUCCGCUGCCGCCGCAGUCGUCGACGACGGUUGUUAUUAGGCGAAUUUAUGGCGACACGUUACAACGACGACCGGACAAGUGGGAACCGUUCAUCGGUGACCACCGCUUGCCCUUCACUCGGUGCUGCUGGUCACAGCCGUUCUAUUCUUGCCUGAGAAUCGCCGCCCUUGCGACUUACGGUAUGAUGUUGAAAAAGCCCGGGAACGCAUCGUUCAUCGCUCAGGCAAUGCUCUCUCACGGCAGCUUUGCGACGUUACAUUCAUCGUUUCGCGUGAUCCGUCGGAAAUCUUAG